AUGGGUAUGGGUAUUCAAGUUCUGUAUCUAGCAAUCAAAAUCCCACAGUACCUAACCAUCACCAUGAUCUCCAACAUCGUAUCUCACCUCGUAUCACUCAUGUUCGCCGCCCUCGGACUUUUCAAAUCACCACCAGAUCCCGACGACAUGUCAUCCUCCACCGCCAACUACAUCCUCAUCCUCGACGGCGCCUCCCCCUCUCUCCUCCCUGUCCCCGUCCACGUCAUCACCGCCGCCAUCAAAAACAAAGUCCCAGUUGUACCGUACGAUGAUUUUGUCGGCCGCUAUGGUGGACCUGAUGAACCGGUUUGCACGGUUUGUUUUGAGUGUAUCGACGGUUGUGAUUUGAUCAGGGAGAUUGUUAAUUGUAAACAUGUGUUUCAUCGAGAGUGUUUGGAUAAGUGGGUCGAUGUGGGCCAGGUUAAUUGCCCUUUGUGUAGAUCUAUGCUUCUUCCGCCGAAGAAAUUGUUAUCCGCUGCCGGUUCCGGUGUACCGGAGACCGCCCUGAGUGAUGUUGCUCCGGUGAUGUAA